UUUCAAUCAUAGGUUUAGAAUCUGGUUGAGGUUGAGGCUGAGGUUGGGAUUGAGGAAGAGUAGGUUCAACAAUAGGGCCUAAAUGUGGAGAACUAAUAUAUUAUCAAAACUUAGUUAAUAAAUUUGUAUCCAAUCUCUAUAAAAUAUUUAAUCAUUAACUGUUAUUAACCAUUAUUUUAAUUACAUUAAUAAAAUUAAUUAAAACAGAUAGUUCUUAAAAACCUGGUAUUUCUACUACAGGAAUUUGUGGAAGAGGUGGCACAGUUGGGAAUGGUGUUGAUGGGAUUGUUUCAUCUGGUUCAGUCUAUCAAUCGUCCUAAAUAAUUUGGAAAACACCGCAGAAAAAUGAUCAUUGAGACAUUUAAAUACAUUAGCAUACUCAACAGGCAUGUAUUGGGUAUGCAGAAAACUAACAUACGUUGUUUUAGUCUUUCAAACAUUACAAAAGGCGUUUUCAAAUACUUUAAAUCUCAACCUCCAACGCCCCCAUACAACCAUGUUUGUCAGGCUGGCGACCCUGUCUUACGUUCAAAAGCGACACCAGUCGACCCGAAGGAACUACAGACGCCAGAGUUUGAAAAGCUACUUGAUCAACUACACAAAGUGAUGCAAAAAUACAAAAUAGUCGGAAUAUCAGCGCCACAAAUCGGUGUUUCUUUACAAGUAUUCGCUAUUGAAGUAGCGAAGGAAAGUGUAAAACAACUCGAUCCGGCAUAUGUAGAAGUUUGCGAAAUGGAACCCGUUCCAUUAACGUAUUUUAUUAAUCCGACAAUGAAGAUAAUAAACCCAGAAAAAGUUACGCUUGUCGAGUCUUGCGGAAGUCUUAUUGGUUACCAAGCGGAAGUGGAAAGGGCGAGAGAAAUCGAGAUCAAAGCUUUAAAUCGAUUGGGGGAACCAUUUUGUUGGCAAGCUAAAGGGUGGACAGCUAGAAUUGCUCAACACGAAUUUGAUCAUCUAAAUGGUAUUCUUUAUGUAAAUAGAAUGAAUCCAUCUACAUUUGAUUUUUAUUAUUGGGAGGAAUUAAAUGCAAAGAAGGGAAAGGUCCAACUCAAAUAUAUAGGAUAAUUAUUAUAGCAUUUAUAACAGAUUUCGACAUAUUAUUGAUGGUCGAGUUCUUAACUGAUUUACUUGAUCCCUAUUACAACUUACCAGCACUUUUCAAAAUAAGUUUUUUAAAUUUAAUUAAAAUAUUUAUACACUUAUGUAUAAGAUGUAAAGAUUAAGAAAUGAAAUUGGGGUACAGAAUUUA